AGAAGUAGACCCCUGUGCACGGGGCCUCGAAGUCACUGUCAGAGGACGACCACCCGCCCAGAUUGGUCAAGACGUCCUGUGAAGAUAUUAAACCGUGAUCUCGAGUCCUAAAAUUAGCGAAAUAUACACUAAGAACUUGAUUUAAGAAAACUGGAAGAUAUUAUGAGAAGUUCUCUCUUCUAACUUGAAUUAUGGCAAACUGUUCUCUGCUCCGAAGUGUUAUCAUAAAUCACUCUCACAAACAAGCAUUGUGGACAAGAUUUUUUAGUGCAUCAUGCAGGAGAGACAGUGCUCAAACAAUGCAUCAGGAAGCUCCUGCUGCUGUAGGAUAUCGUAUGAAGGCAUGGCAGUCAAAUGGAUAUGAUGGAGUAGAUGGACUCUCAUUAAAUGUAGUGCGAGUCCCUCCAAUACUACGACCUUGGGAUGUACUUGUGAAAGUUCAAGCUGCAUCUGUAAAUCCAAUUGAUACAGCUGUGAUUAAUGGCUAUGGUGGGAAAGUCUUGAAUAUAAUGCGAACCCUAGGCAGAGCAGAGCAAGGCAUAUUUGACAUUAAUCAGAUUGAAUUUCCCCUAACAGUUGGAAGAGAUUUCUCUGGUGAGGUCGUUGCCCUUGGUAAAGCUGUUAAGAAUGUUGCUGUUGGAGAUCAAGUUUGGGGCGUGGUUAGUCCACAACGCCAAGGGUCACAUGCAGAAUAUGUAGUUGCUGCAGCAUCAAAUGUUUGCAGUAGGCCAGCUAACAUCACUUCAGAAGAAGCAGCCUCCAUCCCAUAUGCAGGUCUUACAGCUUGGAGCACUGUGGUUGUGUCUGGAUUGAUAACGGAAUAUGCAGCACCAAGAACAAGAGUUUUACUCCUUGGAGCAUCUGGAGGAGUGGGGUCAUUUAUGUGCCAAAUGCUGUCUGUUUGGGGAGCUCAGGUUGUUGCUGUUUGUAGUGAAGAUGCCUCAGAUUUGGUAACCAGUCUGGGUGCAGUGGAAGUGCUAGACUACAGAAACCCAGAAACAAAGGAUUUGCUUAUUGCUGAUCAAGGGUUUGAUGUUGUGAUUAAUGCAGCUGGUCCUGAUGAUCUAGAUUACCUUAAAGCACUACGGCCAUGGAUGGGAUCAUCUUAUAUUACGUUGUCACCACCACUUCUGCGGAAUACAGAUGAGCUGGGAAUAUUGCCUGGGUUUAUCAAGAGCCUGAAACAAGUAGCAUGUCAAAAUGUAACAUCAUUGUCAGAAGGAAGAGCAUACAAAUGGGCUUUCUACAUGCCAAAUCCAUUUGCUUUAAAGGAGAUCUCUAAUAUGAUGUCAAAGAGCAAGAUUCGACCAGUAAUUGAUAGAGUAUUCCCAUUUGAUGCUGCACCAGAUGCCUAUGCUCAUGUCAUCAAUGGUCAUGCUAGGGGAAAAACUGUUAUUUCUGUACAGUAAUGCGAGGUCUGUAAAAUUAUCAUUUAAAGAAUAUCAAAAAGUGUUUUUGUGAAUAAAUCCUUUCAUCAACUUUAAUAGGUGUUCACAUUGUAAUCUAUUAUUGGGUCAUUUCAGAACAGAUAGUUUCUUUAAGGCUCUCCAUUACAUAAGUGAUACAUUGUUCUGAAGUACAUUUUCAUUGUGUAGGUUAUUUAUGUAUUUAUGGCCCUUGUACAUCAUGAAAUCCUAAUUUUUUUGUGGCAAUGUGUACUGCAGUGUUGAAAAUUGUCAUAAAAUGUAGUUUGUUCAUAGUAUGAAUAUAGAAUUGUAUAUUAUGAAAGAAUGAAUAAAACUAAAAAGUACCUAACAAA